UCGUGCUAAGUAUACGUACAAUUACAAACGUUCAUCAUGAACGCGAUCAAAUCUCACCACUUCGACUGUAUUGGCAAACGCUUUGUUUCCAAAAUAGUGCAAAUGGAAAUUUCUCAUGAAUUUGUCCAGAAACACGCGAAAGGAAUUGGUCUCCAUCAGGUAUGCUCAUCUGCAUCUCUGUCUGGCGGCAUGUUCUUGCAGUCGCUAUGAGAUAGUGUUGUCCGUUGCAUUCUAUCGGUCAAGAAUAGUGGGUUUGGAUGUCUCGUUAGAAUCGUGCCGCUUGCCAAGGCAUGACCGGAACGGAGGAUUGAGCGUGGUCACCCUAGAUUCCUCAAGGUUCAGCGGAAAGCCGUCAUUUCCACCCUUCAGGGUCGCCAAUGGUUUGGUCAAUUAUGCCCAUGUGUGUGAUCUCGGCCUCCAGUGUCAGUAUGGCUGCUUUUACGGUAUCUUACGGUAGGACGCCGUCACCUGAGAAAAUGCUCUAUCAUAUACUGUCCGGUGCGGAGACAUCGACAUAACCUCACCUCGUGAGGGAGAACCAUUCAACAACGCACUCUGCGACGAUUGCCGGAUAAACGUCCGCA